AUGAACUGGCAAGAACGUUAUGAUGGUGAAGAGAGUAUAGGUGGACGAGAAGAUGCAGCUAAACGGGUGUGUAUUAAAGAUGUGUUUACGACCGAAUCGGAUCUGGCAGAAAGUAACAUACUGGAAGUCGACGGAACUUCUCAGUGUUUUGAUCAAGAAUAA